UUUGAGAAGCAGAGUGGGGUUGCGGAUGACAAUGAUGGCCGCUACCAGCGACGAACGGAGUGCUAUGGAGCCUUCGAAGUUAAAUUCUGGGCAAAAUCACGGCGUCGAUCGUUUGAAGAUGCUCUAUCCAAUGGUGAACGAGGAAGAGACUCCGCUGCCACGUUCCUGGAGCCCAAAGGACAAGUACAGCUACAUAGGCCUUUCGCAAAAUAAUCUUCGCGUUCAUUACAAAGGAUAUGGGAAGACUCAUAAAGAUGCUGCUAGUGUUCGCACAACACACUCCAUCCCAGCUGCCUGUGGUCUGUACUACUUUGAGGUCAAAAUCGUCAGUAAGGGACGUGAUGGAUACAUGGGGAUCGGUCUCUCAGCACAUGGCGUUAACGUGAAUAGACUUCCUGGAUGGGAUAAACACUCAUAUGGAUAUCAUGGUGACGACGGCCAUAGCUUCUGCUCUUCGGGUACAGGCCAACCUUAUGGGCCUACGUUCACCACUGGGGACGUAAUAGGCUGUGGUGUUAAUCUUGUUGACAACACUGCUUUCUAUACGAAGAAUGGACAUCACCUAGGGAUUGCCUUUACAGAUCUACCUCCAAAUCUUUAUCCUACCGUGGGACUUCAAACACCUGGUGAAGUGGUAGAUGCGAAUUUUGGGCAGGCUCCUUUCGUCUUUGAUAUUGGCGACAUGAUCAACGAAUUGCGUGUGCGAACGAGAUUGCAAAUUAUCAAUUAUCCGACACCGGAUCAUGGUCAGGGCCAGUGGCAAGCUGUUUUACACAAGAUGGUGUCUACGUAUCUUGUUCAUCAUGGCUACUGUGCUACCGCCGAAGCCUUUGCUAGUAGCACAGGACAGGUCUUUGAGGAAGACUUUAACUCCAUUAAAAAUAGGCAAAAAAUUUUAAAGUUGGUCUUGGCAGGUCGUAUGGGAGAGGCGAUAGAUCUGACGAGUCGGUUAUAUCCAGGAGUCCUCGAGCAGGAUCCUAAUCUGAUGUUUGCAUUAAAGUGCCGGCAAUUCGUGGAGAUGGUAAACGGCAGUGACUCUGAGGUCUGUCAAAACAAUAAUGAAAAUCAGACAAGUGUUAUACAAUCGACAAAAACGUACGCAAAGCCCUCAGCCAAUGGGAACGUCGAGGAGAUGAACCUUAACAACACUUUGAAUGGAAGUGGAGAUCAGCAACUAAUAAACGGACAGAUAGAGGACGACGUGGAGAUGGAGGAGAACACGACAGGCGUUGUCAACGGGACAAAAAGCAGCAAUGGUUGCCAAAAUGGUAAUCCGAGCUCGAACGGGUACAAGUGUCAAAAUAGCGAAGAUGUCGAUAUGGAGGUGGACAACACCAAUCAAAGUCAGCAGCAAAAUGGCAACUGUAGCGUAAGCAGUGAAGGUGCCGUAAACAAAGGUAGUAAAAAGCAAUUGUGCGGCGGCAAUAAGCAAGCUAUUGAGAAGAUGCUGGAAUUCGGUAGACAACUUUACUCUCAAUCGAUACACCUGAGACAGCAGCACGGCAAGAACGAAGGGAAUAAGAAAAUGUUACAGGAUGCCUUCAGUCUCUUGGCCUAUUCGAAUCCUUGGAAUUCACCUGUCGGCUGGCAACUUGACCCGCAGCAAAGAGAAACCGUUUGCGCACGACUGAACUCUGCCAUACUUGAAUCGAGUAAACUGCCACGUCGACCACCACUAGAGGUCGCAGUGUCUCACGCGAGGGAGCUAGUGCGCUUGAUGUCCAGUACUGGACUCGGUGCCUGCGGCUUCGCGGUCGUAGACAACAUUAUUCAAUAUUGACGGUGCCUGCCUCUACUGCCACGAGCGUCCCUUCUACCUGCCCGAGUGUGGGUGAGUUGAAUCGUCGAUCGGUACGAUAUCAGAGACGGCUAGGGUUCUCUUGAUUGACUCGGGCCGUUGCAAAUCUCUCUGCGAGGCGCACCGGCUGUUCGCAUCGUCGGGAUAAUCUUCACAAUUGGAGGAUCUUUUAGGAUGCGGAGACGGAACGUGGAGCAGAUGAUUCUGUUGACGCAGCAACGUCGCGAUGUCGCGUGCCUCUUCAGCUAGAGCAACCCGAAAUUCUCGGUGAUACUCGGCUUGAUCUCACAUCACAGACACCACAUGGCAGAUGUGUCAACAAUCUGUCUGACCUGUCAACCAAAAUGACUAUUGACCCUUUUUUUAGCUUCACUUUCGAAGAACAGUCACUUUGGAAUUAAUAAAUAAUGGCGACGAACGGUUGUUCAAUAUUGUUGAUCCCUUUGCUCUCAGGUGCCUGUCGAAUCCUUUGUGUCCCACUUUUUGCUAUUACCAAUUUUCCUUUUUUUUGGGAUUGUCUCUUUACUUUGUUAUACUUUCAAAUCUCUCGUUUCUAUUGUCAUUGCCGAUAGCGCAAAUUUCUAUUAAUAUUUCUGCUGUUGUGUUUCUUGUUUCUGUACCUUAAUUACUAGUCUCCAAAAAUGAUUUGAAAAAUUCGAUCGCUAGAGAUUCAUCUCAGUGCUUUCUGAGAGCGGUUUCUAUUAUUGUAUCUUAUUGUACCAGAGUCGACACUAUUGUUAUUGUAAUGAGUACAUUAAUGCAUUUUUUUGUUCUGAAACCAUUCAGUCUGAAAAGUGCAUCACGUUUUCUUUCUUUUCUUUUUUGAUAAUACGUUCUUAGGAAAUUUUUGUUUACUACGACAUCUUUUUAGCUUCGAUCUUUGUCGGCCUAAGGGUCAAUGACAUCAAUUUCCCAGGGUUAACCAAAAAUAAUCCCAUCCACCCAGCUUCUUCGUGUCCUCUAGAACUUCGUUAUUCGCCAGGUCACUCUGGGAUAGAGGGAACAUUUUUUUUAGAGAUAGACAAGGUCUUACGUUUAUACAAAUAAUAUUGAGAAACAAAAAAAAAACAAAAAACUUAACUAAGGAACGAUCUUGUACUCUAUACUAAGUAAUUGUUUUUUAUAUGCGACAUAGUAUAUUAUUAUAUUAUAUAUUAUUAAAAAAAAAAGAAAAAGAAGAAGAAGAAAGGAAGUCGUAUGCAGCUGGGAGUAAGCGUGCGUUUAAAUACAAUAAUUUACUAUAUAUACAAGAGAAAAAAAAACAUAAAUUAAAUAGGUUUACUCGAAUCGAAUAAUUUCUAGUGUUAUGUUUUAUGUAUUAUAGAUAAAAGCUACAAUACGAAUACAAGCGAAUACAAUAAUGAUAUGGAAGACAGAGAAUUUUGAAAUUUUUUUUUGGAAUUUUCAGUCGCACAACAUCUCAACAACAACUCUCUCAGGAUCCUUUAACCUUCUGUUAUCAGCUGUAUGUAGAUGAUUCAAUGAUUUUUGUUUUCUUUUUUUUCUAACCAAAAUUUACAUCAGCCCUUCUCUCGUGAAAAGCGGAAAUAUCCAUUCAACAUGAUUCAGUUAUCAUUCCAUUCUUGGAUCACCUCCAGUGCACCAAGCCCAAUACUUAUUCAUCACUCAGGACAUUCUGAUUUGUUUUUCUUUUCUUUUUUAAUUCUCUUCCAUGUUACGCCGUGUAUUCGUAUAACCUCACUUUCUCCUGUCCUUGGACUUUAUUGCUCCAAUCAAUUUGAAUUAUUUAAUUAUUCCGUACCUCUUGUACACGUCGAAACUCUUAGUUCGUAAAACGUCAGCCUGUCGUUACUUGAGUUUUUCUGUAUUUAUCAUUGCUACUUACAAAAAUAUAUACAUAGAUACAUAUAUGAAUAUAUAUGUAUAUAUAACGUUUGUUUAGACUUUGUAUUAAUUUUAUUUACCCGUCAAAAUUUUUACGCUGCUCGACUUACCUCACGAAAGGUUUGAUUAACAAAAUUUCACACGAUUGUAAUUCUUUUUUUUUCCAAUAUUGCCAAUUACGAUAAUGUGAUCAAAAAUUGUACAACGAUCGUAUAAUGAUGCUAUUAAACAUGUAUACAAUGCCGAUGAUGUUUAUAGGGUUUAAGGCAUUUGCGUUCAUGUAAUUAUUAAUUAUAAUUUUCAGCAGAUUCGUUCCUGAACGUUAAUUGAUCAUACUCACGGCGAUUAAUUAUUUUUGCAAUAAUACUUUCUCCUUUGGUACUUUUUUUUCGUCAAGUCGUCGUUGCAUUAAGGUGACAAUUAAUAGAAUGGAAUAUUCUAGAAUUCGCAUAUCCAAUAUCUCCGAGGACACACAAAGGGUGUCUCGAAAAGUAUCGCUUUGUAGUAGCUAAUAAACAAUAUUAAUAAAUCUCGGUUAUGAAAAAAAAAAGAUAGGGGAAAAAAGGUGACGUAAACAGAAUUUGAAAUGGCGCUGCUCGCUGUUUGAAAUUCCAUCCGACUUAAUGAUCCGUUUUAAUGGAAUUUAACCGAAAGCAGAAUCUUAUAUGCGGAGAGAUAUUCUUGGAACGUCCUGUACACAAGGUAAACAUACGGAUACACAUAUACAUCGAGUCAAGUGUGAUUUGUGCAAGUGUAGUUUUUUACCGGCCCCAUUUGCGAUACCGAUCAAAAAAUUUUUUUUUUUCAUAUUUAUUAUUAUUAUAACCUCAUUUACCAUUAACCUCUUCUUGCCCGAUAUACGAUGGCAUUAGAUCGCAUUUUCGGAAAGGAUAAUUAAUUAGAGUUGGCCGUUAUUAAAAUCGUCCAAUCAAAUUUUGUUAGAGACAAUGGUAGUGUCGAUCAAAGAAUUAAUAACGAUAACGAUCAAGUUUUUUAAUUAAUUCUUUAAAUCCUUCAUAAGGUUACUAAGUUGGCAGACGCUGCAUAUUUCAUCGUAUCAUCUUCUCGUUGCACAUUCGUCACGUUAUUUAUUUUUAUCGCUUGUCUCUCGAUGUGCCUCCUUGCGAAGAUACAAAAACUAUAUAUACCUACGAGAAGACUUUAUAUUAUAUGAAUGUAAAUUUGCGUUUAACCUCGAAAAACUUUUAUCCAUUUGAAUUUCACGUAUUUACAUAACUACCACUCACGAUCCUUACUUAGACCUAGAUUAGCGACGAUAUAGAAUAUAUUCGGACGAAGUAAUUGAUUAAACAAUGUUAUUUUUAUACUUAACACUGAUACAGUGAUUUGAUGAUAAUGAAAAAGUGAGAAAAAAAAAUAGAAAAUGUAAUAUUGCGUUAUAUGCACCGAAUUUCUAAUACGUAUGUUUAGUAUUAUUUAUCUUGUCUGUACGUAUGAAUGCGUCAGCGUAUGCAUGUAGUGCUGCGACAAGGUGUAUGAAGAUAUAUAUAUAAACACAAGAUAUAUACAAGGUGGUCCGAAAGUUACGCAUUAGAAAAAUUAGAAUUUUACGAUUUCUACCUACGCGAAUAUUAAUUUUUUUUUUAUUUGCGAUAAAUGUCACUUUACAAGAUCAACUGAUAUAACGACAGAGGGACAAAAAAGGGAAUCCAGACUUCUACGCAUAAUUAAUGUACGACAAUGUUUACGCGUUAUUAUAUACAAAAUUACGAAAUAAUCCCCUGUUAACAGAGAAUGCACGAUACGGGUAAAUAGAAUUAUUAUAUCAUGGAUAAAUGAUAAAGAAAUAUAUAAACUUUCGGACCAACUCACUUUUGAAUACUCAAAAAUGUAAUUAUGUGAUAGAAAUCUCACGUGUAAAUACAUAAGGUGUAUUACGAUUUUAUUAAUUAAUAAUAACGGCAACUGGCAACGUGCGGUAAUGUAAUAUUUUCAAAUAAUACGCAGCUACCAAAAGUUAAUUCCAUACGGUUUACAUGAGCAUGUUAUGUAUUCGUCUACGUGUAGAAUUUAUUACAGAAAGAAGAAAAAAAGGAAUAGAAAAGAAACUGUACGAUAAGCGAUAAUAAUAUCUGAUAACGAAAUUAUCUUCUACUUCAUUCGUUAAUUAAACGGUGACGAUUAAAGAUGCAACGUCAGUAGCGAUUAUGUGAUAAAUCGAUAAACUUUGACGGGUGAUUAAACACUUUAAUAGUCUAUUACGAAUCAAACUGUUGCAAUACAUUGUAGGAAAUACAUUGUGAAUUAUAACGUAUCAAUAUAUAUGAAUAUGAAUAAAUUUUCAAAAUUGCCGCCAUUACGGUAAGUUUAAAGUUAACGGGAAUCCAGUAGCGAUUAUUUUACGAGAUACUGCAGACUGGGGGUGACAGAAUAAGCUCAUAAAGGAAAGGACAAGUAUGAGCAAUAAUUUCUUGCUAUUUAAUAUGUCGUAGAAAUAAUAAGCAGAUGAAAUUUUUAAUCUUAUUGUAUAAUGUACAAAUAGCUUAUCGUUCAUUUGUAUGGCCUUAAGCAGUAUUCGCCGUUUGUCUUUUAAUCGGAAGGGACGUCACUAGAAAUUUUCAUUCACGCGUUUGACCUCAUUGUCAACGUGUACUUUAUAGUUUUAUUGAAAAAUGUUCACUAGUUGUAUUUUUGAUUAUAGCUUUACGCCCAGAUAUCUGCUAAUCAGCCCACACAAUACAAUGGACGACGUUUGAUACCGAAAUAUAUUAUAAUGAAUAAAUUUUAUGUUUAAAACUUG